CAUCAUCAAUUUCAUGGAUUCUUCCCAUUUCAAAAUAAAUUUUCAUGAAUUCUUCACUUUUUCAAUUUCUAACACAAGAAAUUAAUAUGAAUAUACUAUAGUCUUUUAGGCUAAAGAAAAAGGGACCCACAUAUUGUAGAAAAAACAUUAAUCAUCCUCUUUUCCUUCUCUUUUCUUCAUAAUAAAUACCACCUUCCUCUCACCUUCAUUUUUGAGCAUACAACUUUCUAUUUUCACACUCUAUCUUACAUGCCUUAUAUCUUCACCUCUAAUCAACACAUCCUCAACAAUCACACUCCAAUUUCCUAAAAAAAAAAAUCUACUUUUUUUAGUUAUCCAUUUGGCAUUUCAUUAGGUUAACCACUUGUCCUAUUUUACCAACAAAUUCCAAAAUCCUUGUUUUUCAUGUACUUGUAGCAUAGUGUGUAAAUCUUUUGUUCUUUUGCAAUUGAUCAACACUAUAUAUUGGUCUUAGCUUCAACAAAGGGUAACACUUUCUUUGUGUAUUUAUUUUCAUAAAAUGGGAGAAAAUAAUAAGUGUGAAGAAAUUGGAGUCAUUGGUGAAUUAAUGCAAGGAGAGGAGCUAACAAAGAAGCUUUAUGAUCAAAUCUCUCCAUCAUCAUCACCAUCAUCAUCUUCAACAUCAUCAUCAUCAUCAUCAUCACAUGUAGCUAAUGGAGUCUUAAUUGACAAAAUAAUUUUGUCCAUUGAGAAAGCAAUAACAAUGGUGAAGGGUAAUGUUGGAAAAAUUAAGACAAACAAUGUUAACAUGAUGGAUUCUCAUUGUUCAAAUGGAAGUCCCAAAAGUGAGGUCCAAGAUUCAGGUUUCAAGCACAAACAUGUUUCAAAGAAAAGAAAAACCAACCCUAAGUGGACAGAACAAGUUAAGGUGUAUUUAGGAACAGCACCUGAAGGGACUGUGGAGGAUGGUUAUAGCUGGAGAAAGUAUGGACAAAAGGAUAUUCAUGGAGCCAAGUUUCCAAGGGGAUAUUAUAGAUGCACACAUAGAAAUUCACAAGGUUGUCUAGCUACUAAACAAGUGCAAAAAUCAGAAGAAGAUUCAAUGGUAUAUGAGAUAACCUACAAAGGAAGACACACAUGCACCCAAACUAGUAAUUUGAACAAGGCAAACCCAUCAAAAAAGUUGAAAUUUGGACAAAAUAAAUCACAACCCAAUCAAAAAAUUCAACCACAAGAAGAGAAAAUUCAACCAUCUCAAGAGAAAACUUUUUCUUUUGACAACAAAGAGGAAAUAUUCCCAUCAUUCAAUUUUUCCUCUCCAUCAAUAGGAUCUGAAAAUGAGGAUAACAUGUUUUUAGAGACCAUGAUUAAAAACAAUUUCAUGGAAAAUGAGAAUAACAAUAUAUUCUCAGAAUCAAAUAAUUUCUGCUUGUCACUUUUGGAUUUGGACAACAUUGAACUAAGCCCAAGUGAGUCACUAUUGGAUUUGGACAGCAUUGAAUUAAGCCCAAGUGAGUUGAUUUCAGGCCCAAAUUCAGUUGUCAAUUCCCCAAUAGAUUUUGAUUUUUUUAGUGACAUAAAUUGUGACGUGGAUUUCUCUAUAAGACAGUUCAUGUGAGGUGGAUCUCGGUUGCUAGCUCACCCCAGGGCAUGUCUAAUGGUUGAAGUAGCGCUGAUAAAUAUAUUUAAAGAUUAUCUUUCGACGAAGAUCUUAUGCCGAUAAUUGGAGUUGAACUUACAUCUUUGUGGAAUAUGACUCAUUAUUAACCGGACAAACUUCGUUAGUAAUGUUGAUCAAUUGUCGCACUUAGAUUUUUGUGCACGCGUAGGUUAACUUGUGAGUUUUGUAGAUUAAGAUUAUUGAGAUUGAAGAGAGAAUGAAAACUAUAUAGUAAUUAUAUUUUGUGUUCAAAAAUAAAACAAUGAAACUUCCUUCUCA